UAACAUCUUACAUAUGUUGAGCUGCAAAUCUUGAACAGCGUACUCUAUACUCACAGUGCAUUGCUGCUCUUUUCUUCUCCUCUUGCCUCCUUGCUUGUUGCACGUUUGAACAUCGUCGACAUCACGUCACAAGGAUCCACUGAGAAGCUGUGUCUCCCAGUACAGACAGGCUCUAGAAGUUCAACCUAGAGUCAACACAGAUACAUCGUGUGAAAAUGGAGGGAAAAUCUAAUCUCUCUUUCAUCCUCAACAAGCCCAAGGACGUGGGCUUCGCCGAGCGUUCCGUCCCCAAGCUCAGUUCCCCGCACGAGGUGCUGGUGGCCGUCUCCUGGACCGGCAUCUGCGGCUCCGACGUGCACUACUGGCAACAUGGCGGCAUCGGGUCCUUCAUCGUCAAGGAGCCCAUGGUGCUGGGCCACGAGUCCGCCGGCGUUGUCGCCCAGGUGGGCGAGGCCGUCACCAGCCUGAAGGUGGGCGACCGCGUCGCCAUCGAGCCAGGCUACCCGUGCCGCCACUGCGAGCACUGCCUGCGCGGCAAGUACAACCUGUGCAAGAAGAUGGUCUUCGCCGCCACCCCGCCCGUCCACGGCACCCUGACGGGCUUCUACGCCGCCCCCGAGGACUUUUGCUACAAGCUGCCCGAGAACGUGUCGCUGCAGGAGGGCGCUCUGCUCGAGCCCACCGCCGUGGGCGUGCACAUUGUCCGCCAGGCCAAGGUCCAGCCCGGCCAGAGCGUCGUGGUGAUGGGCGCCGGCCCCGUGGGUCUGCUGUGCGGCGCCGUCGCCAAGGCCUACGGCGCGAGCACCGUCGUGCAGGUCGACAUUGUCCAGUCCAAGCUGGACUUUGCCAAGGGGUUCUGCGCCACGCACACGUACCUGUCGCAGCGCGUCAGCGCCGAGGAGAACGCCGCCAACAUCAAGGCGUCCGCCGGCCUGCCCGACGGCGCGGAUGUGGUUAUUGAUGCGUCCGGCGCCGAGCCGAGCAUCCAGGCCUCGAUUCACACUCUCAAGGUCGGCGGCACGUACGUUCAGGGCGGCAUGGGCAAGGACGACAUCACCUUCCCCAUCAUGGCGUUUGCGAUCAAGGAGGCGACGGCGCACGGGUCGUUCCGGUACAACAGCGGUGACUACAAACUUGCCGUGGAGCUGGUGGCGAGCGGAAAGAUCGAUGUGAAGAAGCUGAUUUCGGGUCAGGUGCCGUUUGAGGAGGCAGAACAGGCAUUUGAGAAGGUCCUGGAAGGAAAGGUCAUCAAGAUGUUGAUCGCGGGGCCGAACGAGAAGAUAUAAUGGCGUCGAGCCACGGGGCAAGAGCCCUUUGACCCAAACACGCCGCCUGUGUAGAUGUAAUGACAGCAAGUGGAGGUUAACAAGGGCCAGAGUUCAAAAUGCAAAAACAUGUCU